AUACGUAAACAAUGACUAAAACAACAAGACUCACACACACUUACGUAAAAAAUUCUUUGGGUAUUCUUUGCCCUGCGAUCAUCAAGACUACACGGUACAUACGUAAUUACCGGAGACUCGAGUACGUAUUUUUAAGGCAUCUCUGUUUUCCAAGGUCACAGAGAAGGUUAACCGGAUUUUCAUGGGUCUUAGAUACGAGGCGUCGAGUGGAGAACAAGAUUACACAGUACAUACGUAAUUACCAAAGACUCGAGUACGUAUUCUUAGGGCGUCUCUGUCUCCCAUUACGACUGUUUCCGAAGGUCACAGAAAAGGUCAACCGGGUUUUCAUGGGUGAGUUUCCUGUUCCAGGUGCAGAAGUCGGGUCAAACUAUCACCAGGGUCACACUAUUACCAGGGUCACAAAACAGAGGUCGGGUCAAACUAUCGCCAGGGUCACAAAACAGAAGUCGGGUCACACUAUCACCAGGGUCACAAAACAGAGGUCGGGUCAAACUAUCACCAGGGUCACAAAACAAGUCGGGUCAAACUAUCACCAGGGUCACAAAACAGAAGUCGGGUCACACUAUCACCAGGGUCACAAAACAGAGGUCGGGUCAAACUAUCACCAGGGUCACAAAACAGAGGUCGGGUCAAACUAUCACCGGGGUCACAAAACAAGUCGGGUCAAACUAUCACCGAGGUCACAAAACAGAAGUCGGGUCAAACUAUCACCAGGGUCACAAAUCAGAGGUCGGGUCAAACUAUCACCAGGGUCACAAAACAAGUCGGGUCAAACUAUCACCAGGGUCACAAAACAGAAGUCAGGUCAAACUAUCACCAUGGUCACAAAACAAGUUGGGUCAAACUAUCACCAGGGUCACAAAACAGGUCGGGUCAAACUAUCACCGGGGUCACAAAACAGAAGUCGGGUCAAACUAUCACCAGGGUCACAAAACAGUCCCGUGAAAACCCCAGGAACUUCUACCACGAGAGUCUUUUUUAAAGGACGAACGGAGGUGACAAGACUUUACGAAUACAGGCCAGAGUGUUUACGUAAUAUAUCGUCACCCUCACAAAAUAAUCGCCCAAGUCAUUUUGCAGCGAUUUCCAGGUUUUUGUCUACAUCAACUUUUCAACAUGUGAUGCCCAUUUUUGUACAGUUGCCUUGGUCAUUCAGGGGUUGA